GUAACGGCCACAGCAGGGAGCUGGAUUUCACCAGCAUCGAUGAUGCAGUGAGCAUGCAGCCUCCUCAUGUUGCCGUCUACGUCGACGGCUCAGAGGAGUUUUUUCUCAUGUUGAAGACUGUCUCGCGACCAGACCUCAUCCCCAAAGUCUUGGCCGAAGCAAUCAAGGCCAUGUCCCAUGGCCGGCCCUAUGUAAAUAUGCACCGCACCUCAGACUUCAAAAAGGGCGCAGACCCCACCUUCUCCGACUUCCGUCCUAUGCUGCCAGAUAUUGAUCGCCUAUGCGGAACUGAUCUUGCCGGCGUCGUCGCCAGGCUCGAGGCUCAAGUCGCGCCUUUUCCCUUUUUGCAACUUCCAGCUGAGCUCCGCCUGCAAGUGUACUC